AACCCAUUUGACGUUGACAUUUUGAUACGUGUAAAAAAACCAAAACAAUCCCCUAAAAAAUGAACUGUUCCUCUUAAAUAAAUCAAUUUAAGAAUAUUAUGGCAGGUUUAAAAGAAGUCCCAACUGAUGAAUUAUUAUCCUUUCACGAUUAUCCAUCUGUACAUACAAGCGGAAGCUCAGAAACUUUAAGCGCACAACUCAAUGUCAAUGAUAUAAACGUAUCAACGAAUUCAUUUCAACAAUUUAGCAGUAACGUGGGCGCUGGAGACGGUGAUAAGGAAUCGGAAAGAAAAUUAGAAGAUAAUCCUAACGAAAUGUCGCCAGGAAAAUCGUUUUGGACUCUUGAUUAUUAUCAAAAAUUUUUCGAUGUGGACACAACAGAUGUUUUGGAUAGAAUUAAAUCUUCCGUUCUACCAAACAGAGAUACAUUAUUAAAAAGCCAAAUUAAAGCCAGACCAGAUUUGUAUGGCCCAUUUUGGAUCUCUGUUACUUUGGUAUUUACAAUAGCCAUAAGUGGAAAUGUUGCAAACUAUUUACAACAUGCAAAUGAAAAAAUACAUUGGAAAUAUGAUUUCCAUUUAGUUUCGUAUGCCGCAACGACAAUUUUCUUAUAUAUAACCAUCAUACCAUUAGGUUUAUGGAGCUUAUUAAAAUGGAGCAUGAAAGGUUCAUCAGACCUUGAAAGUUUAGAAGAAACCAUUCAUCCUAAAGCUUUGGAAUUAAUUUGCAUUUAUGGUUAUUCUUUAUUUAUAUACAUUCCAACGUCGAUUUUAUGGACUAUUCAAGUCAGUUGGUUGCAAUGGUUGUUGGUUAUCAUAGCUGCUUGUCUUUCGGGUUCAGUUUUAUUAUUUACAUUAAGUCCUUCCUUAAAAGUUUCAAGACACCAGUUAUUUAUUACUUUAGGUAUAAUUACUUUUCAUUUAUUGUUAGCUGCUGGAUUUAUGCUGUAUUUUUUCCACGUUCCAAAUAGUGAACACAAUGAUAAUCACCAUAAAGUUAUAGAACUUGUAACUACUAAUAAAACUGAAGCAAAAGCAUAAAAUAGUAUAUUAAAUACUUAUAAUAACGUAGAGUGAAUCAUAAAUGAUUUUUAUGGUUCAUUCAAUAUUAAAAAUUGUAUUAUAAAUGUGUAUGUUUUUAAUAAUAAAAG